AUUGAGCAUCUCGCGCCGGAAGUCUUUCCGUCGUUCGCGUCCGUGCUCUUGGGCGUCUACCGCCCUCGGCUGUUCCUCAUCACCACCCCCUCGUACACGUUCAACGCGCGCUUCUCGCCCCCUGCCGGCUCUGAAGGGUAUACAGGCGAGGAACGCCCCGGGACGUGGCAAGAUCCGACGAACCGCACCUCUAGGUGGUUCCGGCACCCAGACCACAAGUUCGAAUGGACCAUCGAAGAGUUUCACGACUAUUGCACGUCGGUGGGGAAUCGAUUCGGGUACACCGUUGUGAUCGGAGGUGUUGGGCGAUCGGUCGAGCCUGAUCCAUGGGGCCGCGAUAAAGCACUCGGCUUCGCCUCGCAGACGGCGCUCUUCCGACGCAUCAACCCCACCGAGCAAAUGUCGAAUGUUCCCGACGCGAUGUCCCGUUGUAGCCACAAGCUUCGAGCUACACACGUCCAUGGUGCGCAUCCUCGCGCAGGUUACCCGCUGCCCCUGGCGCGGAUCGCGACCGUCGUCCGGGACGCGAUGGAGAGCGUGGAAGAGGACAGCAUGCGCAUCGACGAGCUAUGGCGAUUCAGGCGGGUGAGCUUGGCGUGCGGCGGGUGGGUGGAGAUGUUGCUGGCCGCUGUU